AUUGCUCCUCGACGGCAUGGCCGCCCCUCCACCACGCAACCCUCCGGGAACUGACGCCACAUGUGGCGGCUCUUGAUCUCCCUGUGCCCUUUCCCCUCCACGUGUUGUUAUGGAACACCUGAUUCCACGAUGAAAUGAUAUGGACGGAUGUAAAUCAACAGAAAGGCCGAACCACUGCCAUUCGUCGUUCCACGGCGGACCGACAUGGAUGAACCGAUCCAUGACGCUUGAGAUACCUAAUCGACUGUCUCGACGAAAACGGCGCAGUGGAGUGGAGUAAAGGGUGCCCCUUCGGUCGUCUUAUCCGUUUGCCAUUGCUCUCCUUCCUCCCGCGUUCCGUGGAGUGUGGGCGGUAAGAUAAUCGAUUCAGACGGUGAUUCGAUCCCUCAGCCCGCCCCUUUCUUCGCACCGCUCCCUUCUUUUACAAUCCCUUUGAGCUAGUCAUGGCCGCAUUCCAGCUCGCCAGACCCGGCCUCUCCCUGGCGCUCCGCCUCCGGCGGUCUUUCCCGCCGCACCAUCGCUCCUCCUCCUCCUUAGUCCGCUGCCGUCUUCAGGAGGAUGGCGGCGAGUCCAAGGGGGAGGAACGGCCGGAGUCGUUGUUCAUGAAGGAACUUAAGCGGAGGGGUUUGAAUCCGACCACGCUGUUGGAGGAGGGCGAGUCGAUUGGAUCGUGGGAGCCGAAAGGAGAGAGUAGAGACGGUGGCCAGAGAUCGACGAAGAGGAAUGGGACGGCGUCGGCGGAGUUUGACAGAAUGCUGUCGAAUCAAAGGGAGCGGUCCAUGUCUUUAAACAGCGAGGGCCUUGAGGGGUUAAUUCCAAGAGCUAAAUUGCUUCUAACUAUUGGUGGAACAUUCUUUUUAGCCUUUCAGCCUCUGAUCCUCAUCACGUUUGGCCUUUUUCUUGCCCUAUACAUUUGUUUAGGGCCUAGUUUCGUGCAUGAUGCCAGCAGAGCACCCGUAUCGCCACCACCUUACAUAGAUCCAUAUGCACUGCUAGAUGAAGAAAGACUAUCUCAGGUGGCUCCAAAUCUGUACUGACUUGCUUUGACAUUUCACAAGCUCUAUUAUGCCUGUAUCAUAAUAUGCCUGUAUCAUCUGUAUCAUUUCUAGCCCGCUUUUAAAUGAUGGAUCUGCUAAGAUUACCCUCUUUGUAAAUCUUGAGUUUUGGUUGCCAAGACAAAUCUUGAUAUUGUAUUUAUAGUAUGUCUAA